AUGGUGGAUGCAGCUCCAUGGAGGAGAGAUCAGAAGGUGGGUGGGCCAGGCCAGUCCGGGUUUGUGAACCUUGUAAGCCCCGGGAUCUCCUACCAGGCUCAUGGGGGCCCUCAGGGAGGGCCCUACACAUGGCACGAGCUUAUCUGCUCGGCGCAGCACCCACUGGGGAGACAGAGCCCCGGCAGGUGCAGCUCUGCUCUCCAUAGCCUCAGCUCAACCCGUCCCCUCCCGCAGGCUUCCUGCCCGCCACGCCCCCGCCCCCGGGCCAUGCCGACCGCCUGGGCCACCCCGGGCGCCCCCGAAGCCCCCCCCUGCGCCAACCAGAGCUGCGCUCCCAGUGAGCUGGUCCUGCUGGGCUUCGCGCACGUGCCCGCGCUGCGGCCGCUGCUCGCCACGCUCUUCCUGGCCAUGUUCCUGCUCACGCUGCUGGGCAACGCGCUCAUCGUGCUGCUGACCGCCCUGGACCCGGCCCUGCGCGCGCCCAUGUACCUGUUCCUGCGCCACCUGGCCCUGGUGGAGAUGUGCUUCUCGCUGGACAUCGUGCCGCGGCUGCUUCUGACCCUGCUGCGGCCCGGGCGGGGCGUGUCUCCCGCCGGCUGCGCCCUGCAGCUGCUGCUGGUGUUGUCCUGCGUCACGUCCGAGUGCUUCCUCCUGACGACCAUGGCCUGGGACCGCUACGUGGCCAUCUGCAGGCCUCUGCGCUAUGGCGCCAUCGUGAGCCCGCGGCUCUGCCACCUGCUGGCUGCCACGUGCUGGCUGGCUGGCGUCCCUGUGUCUCUGGUCUUCACCAUCUGGCUGUUCCGCUUCCCCUUCUGCGGGCCCCGAGGCAUCCGCCACUUCUUCUGUGACAUCGCGCCUCUGCUGAGCCUGGUGUGUGCAGACACCAGAGUCUUCGAGGCCCACGUGUUGGCGGCCACGGUGCUGGUUAUCAUGGUUCCCUUCUGCCUGAUAGCCGCGUCCUACACCAAGAUUCUGGCCACCGUGCUGCGGAUGCCAUCCGCCAGGGGGCGCCACAAGGCCCUGUCCACGUGCGCCUCUCACUUCGUCGUGGUGCUUCUGUUUUAUGGCACCACGGGGGUCAUCCACUUGCGACCCAAGGCCAGCUACUCCCCGGAGAGCAAGCAGGUGGUGUCCUUGUCCUACACCCUGGUAACCCCCAUGCUCAACCCCCUCAUCUACAGCCUUCGAAACAAGGAGGUGAGGGCUGCCCUGGGACGCGUGUGUUGCCAUGGCCAGGAAUCUGGACCCCAUGAAUGA